AUGUACCUACCGAGCUGUUACAACUUCCCGUCAAAGUCUGACUUUGGCUCCAUCACGCCAUCAGGGACCUUACUGGACCACAGCAACCUCUCAGGCAGAAGACUGUCGGAGUAUAAAGGCUACUGUUACCCGGAGCUCUGGCAGCAUCCCGCUCCCAACAAAUGGGCCCUGUACCAGUCCAACCGGCCCGGCACCUCUCCGCAGCCGGCGCGCUUCAGCUCCCCGGGGGACGUCGUGUUCCACCGGGAUCAGGCGGUUUACGCGGCCCCGACCGGUCCCUCCCGUUUCCCUCAUGGUCAGGUAUUCACCGGAGAGCCCCACGGUUGUUUCCCCGGCGGGUACACGUCCACGUCCGGCCCCGACUCCCAGGUCUCCUACCCCAGGGACGCGCGCAACAGGGUCCUACCGUCGGCCUUCGACCAGUUUUUCGAUUACGCGCAGGAAGGAGGGGAUCUGAAAACGGACCCAGCACCGAGGAAACAGCACGACAAAGAGGGGAAUAGGAGCGACUGGACGAGCUGUCACGGAGGGGGGAGCAGAGGCGGCAGAGGGGCCAAGGGCGGGUCCGACACCGAGCCCCUAGACGCGGUGACGGAGGACGAGAAGGAUGCGCCCCUGUCCAACGGCAGCGCAGAGGACCCCGAGGCCCCGACAGAGCCCUGCAGUGUGAGGAAGAAGCGCUGUCCUUACACCAAACAGCAGAUCAGAGAGCUGGAGCGAGAGUUUCUAUGUAACGUUUACAUCAACAAAGACAGACGUAUGCAGCUGUCCCACCUUCUGCGCCUCACAGAUCGACAGGUAAAGAUCUGGUUUCAGAACAGAAGAAUGAAAGAGAAGAAACUGAAGAGAGAGAGACUGCAGUACUACACAGGAUAUCUGUUCUGA